AGAAGCGAGGCAGGCUGAUCGACCGACUGCUCGCCUGGCACUUUCGAUGAAUUCGAUCUUCCGAUUGCCAUGGCUGACUGAUCCGACUGCUCCCACUGCCGCUGCCUGUGACGUCGUCGCCUUGAAAGCGAUUCUGAUUCCGAUGUGCAUGUGGGGUGUGCACUCCCUUUCGUUCUUCUGCGGUGAUUCGGUGUGUAAUCAAGGACGGAGCCAAUGUCUCUGGCUGGCUGGCGUUGGUGUGGCGUAAGAGGUUUAGAUUGAAAGCUGGCUGAUGGGGCCGGGCCGGUCGGGUGGUUAGGUGUGGAGAAAUCAAGAAGCGCGAGAUUUUUUACAACAUAUGUCCGCACAGCAGUCCUUUUCUCCUCUGCCUUCUUGUGCGUCUUUCGCGGCGGUGAUGAAAAGUACAGUACCAAAUCUACGGAACAUGAGUCUCGGCCAUAUUCCGAUUGUGAACGAGGAAAAGACAAUCAGGGCUUUAAGAAGGAACGUAAACUCUGGUUUUUUGGGUCGGAAGAACAGGGCCAGCGAGAAAGUUGGUACUGCAUACGAAUGUCUGGAUCAGAUGUACGGAGUUCAUGUUUGCGGGAUUCUUCGAAAUCUUCGGGUCAUUUUCAAAUAUGCGUAUUCGGGAUAAUGUGGACACAGGGCGGGCCGAGGACUCAAAAAGGUUCAGAGAGUUUUCAAAAAGUAGAUCCAAGUUUCAGCAUGAGGAAGAAAGAAAACACAGCAUCUGUUUAUGAAAUCAAAUGAAAUGUGAAGAUGAAAAUGAAAUGCCCUCAUUGGACGAAGACUUUCUUGCAGUUUAGAGACCAUAAUUACCUCCGAACCAUAAUGAUCGUAGGUGCGCCGUUCAUCGACUGAUGAGCUUACGAACUUAUUUCUGUCUUCGUCACUCUGUUCUUCAAAGACGCCAGGUCGCAGAUUAAGAACAAGGAGUGAAAUUUCAUUCUCAGCGGUUGUGAGGAAGCUCCCGACUAGUUGGAACAACAUUCUCACUUGAGUGACUCAAGCCGUUGUGAGGUCAACAUGGUCGUCUUUGUUCAAAUUAAUCUGCAAACUCACAGCCACCUUCGUCUAUUCAAGAAAGAGAUGUUGGCAGUCGAGGUCAACAUGGUCUUCGUUGUUCACAUUAAUCUGCAAAAGCACAGCAACCUUUGUUUAUUCAAGAAAAAGAUGUUGGCAGUCGAGCUCGGGGAUUCUUGAUGGAGCAACGGAAGGUGACCAGAGUAAGGCUCCAAAUGGCAUAGGAGAGAAGACGAGGACGGACAAAUUUUGACAACACGCCAAAGCUUUGCUGUGUUUGACUCAGAUUUUACAGACACGAUCGAAUGUUAGCCCGAGAAAUGCUGCUGAUGCCAUUUCAUACCAUUCCUAUCGACGACCAGCCUGCAGAAGUUUGCACUGAAAAAUACCAUGCUUCUGUGAGUACUUCGUCACUGAUGACAGCCGACAAGUUGGACCCAUGAAACAGAGGAAAUUUAUAUUCCGUUUGAUUCCUAGAAGUCUUCGCGGGACAGUUCCAGCUCUUCUAAUUUGAUUUGUCAACGAGUACGAGAGUGUUCACCUAUACCGACUUGUCCGAACUUUCCUCCAAGAGUAGCAACAGAAGUAUGAGUGGGGCACAAAGAAACGAGAUGUCGUUGCGGACCACCCAAACACCCAUGAUUGAAACUGGCAACCCGAAGAGUGAAGAUAUUAAGCUGACAGAAGAGGAGCUUGAUGAUCAGUCACCCGUGGAGGAAGUAGCACUGACCGUGGCAACAACUGAUGAUCCAACACUUCCUGUCUGGACAUUUCGGAUGUGGUUCUUAGGAUUGCUCUCUUGUGUAGUCUUGGCUUUCUUGAAUCAGUUCUUUUCCUACAGGAUCGAGCCUCUCACAAUUUCUUCAGUCUCUGCUCAAAUUGCCUGCCUUCCUCUUGGACAACUCAUGGCGGCUACUCUUCCGACGAGAAAGUGGUUCCAAGGGACACCAUUUGAAUUCUCGUUGAAUCGGGGCCCAUUCAACAUGAAGGAGCACGUGCUGAUUACAAUCUUUGCGAAUGCCGGAGCCGGGGGAGCAUAUGCUAUAAGUAUUGUAACAAUAGUGAAGGCGUUCUAUCGGAGACCGCUAUCAUUCUUUGCUAGCCUUGCUAUCACCGUAACGACACAGAUGAUCGGAUUUGGGUGGGCUGGAUUAUUUCGAAAUGUUUUGGUGAAACCAGCACAUAUGUGGUGGCCUUCAAAUUUGGUUCAAGUUUCCCUAUUCAGAACUCUGCAUGAGACCGACUAUCGACCAAAGAGGGGCCUGACGCGAGGCCAGUUCUUCGUGAUUGUCUUGGGUUGCAGCUUCUGUUGGUAUGUCUUGCCAGGCUAUUUGUUUCCCAUGCUCUCUUCCCUUUCCUGGGUAUGCUGGGCAUGGCCCACCACGGUCCAGGCCCACCAACUGGGCUCUGGUUUGCAUGGCCUAGGCCUCGGUGCCAUUGCUCUGGACUGGUCAACAAUUGGCUCCUUUCUGGGAAGUCCUUUGGCCACACCGUUUUUUGCCAUCGCCAAUAUUUUCGCGGGUUUUUGCGUCAUCACGUAUAUUAUUACACCAAUUUGCUACUAUCUUGACGUGUACAACGCAAAGACCUUUCCCAUCUUCUCUUCACGCCUGUUCGAUGCUUCUGGCCAACUAUACGACAUCAAUCGAGUGAUUAGCAACAAGUUCUCCUUGGACGUUGAGGCCUACAACAACUACAGCAAACUGCACAUCAGCGUUUUCUUUGUCAUGACUUACGGUGUUGGUUUUGCAGCGCUUACGGCAACCAUUAGUCACGUGAUCUUAUUUCAUGGAAAAGAUAUAUGGUACCAAAUGCGGGCGGCCCUUAGACUGAAACAAGAAGACGUGCACACUCGAUUAAUGAGAGCAUACCCAGAGGUUCCGGGUUGGUGGUUCCAUGGGCUGCUACUCCUCUUCAUUAUCCUGUCCAUCGCAGCUUGCGAAGUUUUCAAUGAUCAGCUCCAGUUGCCUUGGUGGGGAGUGCUCUUUGCUUGUGCGCUUGCCAUAGCUUUCACCCUUCCAAUUGGAGUUAUUGCUGCCACAACAAAUCAGGUACCAGGUCUGAAUAUCAUUACGGAGUACUUGAUUGGUUACGCAUAUCCUGGAAGACCUGUAGCAAAUGUGUGCUUUAAGACAUAUGGCUAUAUCAGUAUGACUCAGGCUAUCACAUUCUUGUCUGAUUUCAAACUGGGUCAUUACAUGAAAAUUCCUCCUCGCUCUAUGUUCGUUGUUCAGGUAGUUGGCACGAUGUUAGCCGCUUUCAUAAACCUAGGAACUGCAUGGUGGUUAUUGACUUCAGUGGAGAACAUCUGUCACCCUGAGCUGCUACCUGUAAACAGCCCUUGGACUUGUCCAGGAGAUCGAGUGUUUUUCGAUGCCUCUGUCAUCUGGGGUCUCAUUGGGCCGCAACGACAAUUUGGCAAUUUGGGACUAUAUGAUAAAGUCAACUGGUUCUUCCUCUUCGGGGCUCUUGCUCCCGUACCGUUCUGGCUGGCCUCCAGAAGGUGGCCUGAGAAGAAGUGGAUCCUUUACUUCAACAUGCCUAUUUUCAUAGCUGCUACCGGAAUUAUGCCUCCAGCGACGCCUGUCAACUUUACCUCCUGGUUUGUAAUAGGAUUCAUUUUCAACUAUUAUAUCUUCAAAUAUCGCAAAGGAUGGUGGCAGCGAUACAACUACGUAAUGUCAGCAGCUCUGGAUGCUGGGUUGGCAUUCAUGGGAGUUCUACUCUAUUUCGCCUUGCAACUGCAGGAAAAAUCGAUCAAUUGGUGGGGGGUUAACUUAGAUAAUUGUCCUCUCGCGACUUGUCCGACCGCACCGGGUGUCGUCGUAGAUGGGUGUCCAACUGUUACAUGAGGCCUUGUGGUGAAGAUCUGAUCUGAUCUGAAGGUACGGUCUAGACCUGUCCAUGCCGAAAAUCAUAGACUGGUCCCCAUGUGGCGCUUAUUACCACCACCUGAACCUGACAAUACAGCAAGAAAGGUUACGAGAAGGGAUUGAAGAAUGCAUCUGACUUGUCCUCACUGUUGUACGGAUAUGUAAACAUCACCUUAGUGCUGCUAGAUCUGCCAUGCACUCACCGCGACCGAACUUCAGCCUUCUGCUUACAAUUCGUGGCAACCGAUGGUACGUCCUGUACAAUGAUGUUGGAAGAUGGCGGAUACAGAGUACAUGGAGGGUAUGCUGGCAGCCAUGAAUCGUUGUGAUAGCUAGAUCAAUGAAAUAAAUGAGAAACUUGUACUUGCAUUGACGACGACGGGCUCGGCAUUCGAGUAUAGCUGGUGUGGAAGUCUUGUAUGAAGACUUGCUAUCUGUCCUCCAGUUCCUAGCUUCGGUCUCUGUUACAUCGAGUUUGUUUCAGCCAUGCAUCAGAGGCAAUUGACCAAGCAUGUGACUAUUUGGUCAAGGUCGCUUGAGUUUGCCUACUUUGCUUUGCGUGAGACGAAUUGAAGAGUUUGGAAGUUGGAACUCUUGUGUGAGGGAGUGAUCGUUUGGACCAAGCGAACUGCCAGGAGUACCCAGCUUCAAACAAGCACUCCCACAAACAAGAAAGCCAUCUUCAGUUGCCAUCAAUGCUUCAAGAUGAAUACAACGCAACGAUAUAUGUACUCUGUCGCCAAUGUACUUUGUCUAAUCUCGGCCAAGUCCGCCUUGAAUAAAGUCUGGACUCAAUUUC